AUGAGUACAAACAGCAAGAGCUUACCAUUACUUGCUUCAUCCGAGGUUGCCAAGCACAACACCGAAAAGGACUGCUGGGUUACGUUGUACCAGCGUAAAAUCUACAAUGUCACUGAGUUUCUCAACGAACAUCCAGGUGGAGCUGACAUCAUCUUACCAUACGCUGGGAAAGACAUCACCGAAAUUAUGGCUGAUGCCACGAGCCACGCUCACUCUGAAUCCGCUUACGAAAUGUUGGAUGAUGAUAUGUUGAUUGGUUACAUGGCCACCGAAAUGGAAGAACAGGAAUUGAUCAACAACAAAAACAAGACCCCAGUUGAAAUGAAAUUGGUCACGUCUACUGACUCUCAGGGUAAUGAAUUUGACAUGUACACGUUCCAUGAUCAUUUACCUGCAUUGGAAAAGUUAUCGAUCCAAACUGAUUUUGCCGAAGAUGCCAAAAAGCACAAGUUCCUAGAUUUAAACAAACCUUUAUUGAUGCAAUUACUACGCUCCAAUUAUACCAAGGAGUUUUACCUUGAUCAAGUCCAUAGACCUAGACACUAUGGAAAGGGGUCUGCGCCUUUGUUUGGAAAUUUCCUCGAACCUCUUUCAUUGACUCCGUGGUGGGUGGUGCCUUUGCUUUGGAUACCCCCAAACAUGUACAUAUUCUACGUGGGGUUGGUGAAUCAAAACCCAAUUAUUGCAUUGAGUUUAUGGGUGAUGGGAUUAUGUGUUUGGACAUUGGUUGAAUACUGCUUACACAGGUUUAUCUUCCACGUAGACCAUUUGUUACCCGACCACCCAUACUUUUUGACUUUACAUUUCCUUUUACAUGGUGUUCAUCACUACUUACCGAUGGAUGGUUACAGGUUGGUUUUGCCACCGGCAUUAUUUAUUAUUCUUGCUUAUCCUUUCUACAAGUUGGUUUUUGCCAUCUUCCCAUUCUAUAUGGCUUGUUCAGGUUUUGCCGGUGGUACUUUAGGCUACAUCAUGUAUGACGUGACACAUUACAUGUUGCACCAUACAAAGUUGCCAAAAUUCUAUCAAGAUUUGAAGACAUAUCAUUUGGAACACCACUACAAGAAUUACGAGUUGGGUUUCGGUGUUAGUAGUAGAUUCUGGGAUGUUGUCUUUGAAACGGAAAUUUACGAUACAUAUGAGAAGAGAGCUUAA